UGGGUAAUUGGCCGGGGCACCUCGGCCGUGCGUGCUUUCGGUGCGGUCAACACGGUGGCUGACAAGAAGCUUAUUGUGGUUAAAUGUCGAUCCCGCUGGCAUUAACUAUGCCUACGGCGCGGCACGGCGCAUUAAACUUUCACCAGCAACGCCCGGAAGUUUGUGCAAUCGUCACGGCAAUCAAGGAAUUGGAUUUUAAAAAAACAAGUCAAAGGAGCUUUCCUACUUGUGCCAGUCUCACUGUAGACUGAAUCCUCUGGUACACUGCUGCUGCUGCUGACUCUGGUGUGUGAGCCUCCCAACUGUCAGUGUGCGUGUUGCACUGGCUGAACCAAAGCCAUGGAGGUGGCCUUGGUAGACUUUGAGAGCCUGGAUGACCUUGAUGGGAACCUUGGGGAUGAGCUGGACACCUAUGCUGAUGAGACCACAGCUCUCACAGUGGACAUGCCCCCAGAGCACAACAGCCCAAGCAGCAAUUACCAUCUAAGAGCCACAGAACUAACCCCUACACCAUCCCACUGCAGCCCUGUACCCCCAUGCAUUUGGGAAUCCACAUCAUCUUCACCCAUCCCACAGACACAGACACUUAGAGUACCACAGUCCCCAACAAUGCCAAGUCCAAGUAGAAAGGAGCGUAGCAGCUGUGCUAACAUGAUCUCAAACUUUAAACUGCUGCUAAGCAGUGAGGGCAGUAAGGAAAGUGAGAUGAUUUUCAAUCGGCUUGCUAAGGAGUGCUGUGAGGAUAUCUUUGUUGAUAAACGAGGGCUGGAUGAUGGCGAUCAGAAAGUCAUCAUCAAUAUUGCUGGUCUCCGUUUUGAGACACAACUGAAAACACUGGACCAGUUUCCUGAGACACUUCUAGGGGACCCUUUGAAGAGGAUGGACUACUUUGAUCCAAUGAGGAAUGAGUACUUUUUUGAUCGGAACAGACCCAGCUUUGACGGAAUCUUAUAUUACUACCAGUCAGGGGGUAAAGUUAGACGGCCAGCAAACGUUCCCCUUGAUGUGUUUGCAGAUGAAAUUCUCUUCUAUGAGCUUGGAAAUGAGGCCAUGGAACAGUUCAGAGAAGAUGAAGGGUUUUUAAAAGAUGUUGAGAUUCCUCUUCCUAGUAAUGAUAUGUAUAGACAAUUCUGGCUGCUGUUUGAGUACCCAGAGAGCUCCAAUGCAGCCCGAGGUGUAGCACUGGUGUCUGUCCUUGUCAUUGUCAUAUCCAUUAUUAUUUUCUGCAUGGAAACACUUCCAGAAUUCAGAGAUGAUGCUGACAGAGUUGUGCCCACAGCAGUGCAACCUUUUAACCAAUCCAGAAGUUCUAUGUCUCCACCUGGUGUAAAGCCCACAACUUUCUCAGAUCCUUUCUUCUUCAUUGAAACUGCCUGCAUUGGUUGGUUUUUCUUUGAGCUGUGUGUGAGAUUUGUGGUCUGCCCUAGCAAAAGAGAGUUCUUCCACAACCUCAUGAACAUCAUUGACAUCAUAUCCAUCAUCCCUUAUUUUGUCACUGUUAUUACAGAAUUGGCCACAACUCCAGAAGAAAGCUCAGGGCAGAACAUGUCUUUGGCCAUUCUGCGUAUCAUCCGCUUGGUGCGGGUGUUUCGUAUAUUCAAAUUAUCUCGUCACUCUAAAGGGCUCCAGAUCCUGGGACAGACUCUGAAGGCUAGCAUGCGUGAGCUGGGUUUGCUCAUCUUCUUCCUCUUUAUUGGCGUCAUCCUCUUCUCCAGUGCUAUCUACUUUGCUGAGGUAGACGAGCCUAAUACAGUGUUUGUCAGCAUACCCGAUGGCUUCUGGUGGGCUGUUGUUACCAUGACCACUGUAGGCUACGGAGACAUGUGUCCCAUUACUGUGGGGGGUAAGAUGGUGGGCACCUUGUGUGCCAUUGCAGGUGUGUUGACCAUUGCCUUGCCUGUUCCUGUCAUUGUUUCCAACUUCAACUACUUCUACCACAGAGAGACAGAAGCAGAGGACAAGCUGCCAAUGACAGAUGCUGCUGAGAAAGCCAUAAAGGAUACCACACAGGGUAGCAACACCUCACUCAAUAAAGCCAAUGGGAUCUGACAAGGUGACAAAGAGAAAUAAUCUCAGAAGAACACUGUUUAAUAGGAGAAGAGACUUUGCCACUAAGCAGUAAAUGAAUAUUAAAGAAGAUAUGAUAAUAUGGUCACUGCUGAGAGUGGCCCAGUGGAUUCAUUAGAUCUGCACUGCACCUUGUGAAAAAUGUGUUUUAUAAUGAUAAACUGGUUGUACCACAUUUACCUCUUAUGUCCAAUAUGGAAAUGGCAUUUUGAAAAUAACAGCUUAGUGAAAGAGUUCCCCAUAUUAAUGUUUAGGAAUCCAUAUCAUUAUAUUUCAUGUUAGGAGUUUAGCUUGCACAUAACUUAGUAAAUUCCUUCAUUCUCAUUUAAUGGAUCCUUUUAAAGAAAAAAAUUGGUCUUACUUUCAUCGUAUUGGCCAGUAAUCCUAAUAUUUAUUAUUCACUGUUGUGAUUUUGGCCUCAAAGAUGUUUAACACAGCGUUCCAUCAGUAUUUUAUUGGGCCAUAACAUAUCAAACAAUUUAAAGUUCAUUUAAAGUAAAGCAAAUUCUUACCUGUCACAUUGUUAUUUUAUUUUAUGAUCAAAAUUCCAUAAUUGAUAGCCAUUUCAUCUUAUUGGAAUAAGUUCUCAGCUACUGAAAAACUGAUAAAUCAGAUAUCAGAUAAGCUAUUGAUUGUAAAAAAAAAGGCGGGCAACCCACCAUGUGUUUAUGCAGCACACAGUCCUUAAACACUGGCCACAGGAACACAAGAAAUUAUAUUGGACAAUAUGUUAUACCUCAUUUCAUCUCUCUGCUUAAUUGAAAUGUUUUUUGUUUCCCAAUAAAACCUGCAGAUAACUCUGCAAAACUGAUGGGAUUGCUGGUCAGUUCUAAAUAAACAAGACCAAGGUCACUGCUUUCCUGCAAGUGUCUUGUAAGACUCAUUUGUGUUGUGCUUAUUGUCUAGAUUAGAGCCAUCAUGUAUUUAUUAAUUUAUUCAGAAAGUAAGUCAUGAUUGUGAAGUAUUUAUUCAUUUUCACUGGGUUGUGCGGGUAAGAAUUCUCCACCAUUAACAGUCAGAAUGAGUCCACUUUAUAUUAUUGUUGUUUUUAUUUAUUGUAUUAUAAUGGAGUGCCUUAAAUCAUGUAAUGUUGGGAUACUGUUGAACAUGCCAUAUAUAAUCCCACUGUAAUACCUAUGUCUCUCAUGCAUAUAUGCUCAGUAUUUUCGAUUUCAUACUUGAAUGGUAUUAUAAAAGUUCUAACCAUUUUGUUCCUUUACAUGUAUUUUUGUGUGUUAUUUUAAAAAAAUGUUGUCCAAUAUAAUAUUUCAGGUCAGAAUGAAUUUUAAAUGAAGUUAUGCAAAGUAUAAUGAAUCACUUUAUUUAUGAGGUUAGUUCAGUUCUUCCAAAUUUGGAUUUCAUUUUUUCCCUGUUAAUCAAUAACCUAUUGUGGACUUAGAAACUUGAGUCAUAGAUAAUUCCUCUCUUUCAAAGAGUUGAAUGAUAAGAGAAGUAAGCCAAAGAUAAUUGCUCAAUAAGGUAAAUAAAGGGAACUGUUACAGGGCCAAGGGACAUAAGGCAAAAAAUAUCCCAAAAUCUGUCUUAUUAUGAGGAAUAAUUGUGCUCUGUCAAUGUAACAUA